AUGCACAAUGUAGCCGCGUACUAUCCGAACAUCGCCAGGGUACACAAGCUUGGCUAUUCUCAUGAAAACCGGCCAAUAGAAAUGCUGCAGAUAGGAUACCCGAUUGACAAGACGGACAAGAAAGCGGUAUUCAUCGACGCCGGCAUGCACGCCAGAGAAUGGGCGUCACACUCGACGGCUGUCUACUUCAUCUACAAGCUGGUGUCAAGUUUGGAUACUCGGCCGGAACUACGGAAGUAUAUCAACAACCUCACCUGGUACAUUGUGCCUGCGGUUAACCCUGACGGCUACGAAUAUACGCGGAACAGCACCAGGCCAGAGGUUGACCUCAACCGGAAUUUCAACUUCUUCUGGGGAGAAUACGGCUCCAGCAAAUUUCCUUGCCACGAGACGUACGCCGGUAGGUCGCAGUUCAGCGAGCCGGAGACCAAGGCGAUCAGCAAGUUCCUCUACGAACAUAGGCACAACAUCAAAGCGUAUAUCACGAUGCACACAUAUUCACAGUUAUGGAUCCAUUCUUACAGCCAUAUGGUGCGCACAUACCCUCCGGAUCUGAAGGAGUUGGUAAGCAAAUACCACGAGUAACG